AUGUCAGACUUCCCACCGGAGCUACUGUUCGACAUCCUAUCAAGGCUUCCGCCCAAGGAUUUGAUUCGAUUCCUCAGCGUUUCCAAAGCUUGGAAUGCCAUCAUCCGCCACCACCACUUCAUCAAAGCUCAUCUUCAACGCUCCAUCCAAACCAAUUCCUUUCGCACCAUUUUAGUCAGGUCAAUUGGCUCCCCCUCAUUAGAUUAUUUUUCAUCGGCUGUCAACGGCAGCGAAACGUUCCGGACAGUCGUUAAAAUUGAGCGGCCGUUGAAAUCCCCUGAGAGGUAUCAGAUACUGGGGUGCUCGAUUCAUGGAGUGGUUUGCAUUUGCAAUAGUCUCCGUACGAAUGUCGCUUUGUGGAACCCGUCAAUUCAAAAGUUUAAGAUGAUUCCCCUCCCAGCCAUUGAGCAGCAGCAGCCAUCAUCAGAUUUACAUAUAUCCCUAGGGUUCGGGAUCAAGAACUUGCCUCGCAAUGAUUUUAGUACACUGAAUGUGUAUGACACGGCGCUGGAGUUUUUAAAUGGUGCUCUGUGUUGGCUAAUGCCGAACAGAUUAGAUAUGUAUCGAUUCAUAAUUCUGACCCUUGAUCUUGCUACUGAAAAGUAUCGGGAGUUUGACACCCCGGUGGAUGAGGAUUACAGUACCGUCAUGGAGUUGGAGGUUUUAGUGGGCUCUCUAUGUGUUUAUGUUCAUGAUUGGGACACCGGAAAUGAUGUUUGGAUUAUGAAGGAUUUUGGAGGACCUUGGACCCUUCUGUAUUCUAUUAAAAAGGAAACUAUGACUUGGUUGCUUAACUAUUGCCCACCUUUGGUCUUUUCAAAGAACGGUGAAAUGGUUCUUUUGAAGGAGGACGAGGAAGCAUUUGUUUGGUUUGAUUUAAAGGGAAAAAUUGGAUACCAAGAUAAUAUUUGCGGUCUGCCAGUUCGCUUUGAUGCAAAGAUUUGCGAGGGCAGCCUUUGUCUUAUUGAUGGUGAUCCCGUGAUUGGUUGGAGGCAGUAG